AUGCCUCACUACACUGUCCGCGUCGAGACACAAUCCGGCCGCAAUUCGCCCAAACCUCCUCCAACCCGCGUCUACAACGUGAGCGAACCUCCCUAUUACGGCCAGCUCGAAACCGACAAAUCCGCAUACCGAAACAGCAACCCCGACACCGCGAUUGUCAUCGAUAAUGGCUCCUCUUCCGUGCGCGCAGGCUGGCAAACCGACGCCUCACCGCGCCUGCAAUUCCCGCCUCUCAUGGCGCGCUACACAGAUCGCAAACUCAACCGCAAGCUCUGCUUCAUCGGAAGCGAAAUCUACUUUGAUGGAACGGCGCGCGGUCAAGCGAAGAACAUAUACGAGCCAGGAAGUAAUAUUGUGAACAAUUGGGAUGUGCAAGAAGGGAUUCUGGAUUACAUCUUCCUCAAAUUCGGAAUGGAAGAUGUGGUGGAUCGGCCGAUUGUGAUGACGGAACCGCUCGCGAACUUGGGAUACACAAGAAAGGUCAUGAGCGAGAUUAUGUUUGAGCUGUAUAAUGUUCCCAGCGUGGCGUACGGGGUGGAUUCGCUGUUUAGUUACAGCUAUAAUGAGGGCAAGACCGGGCUGGUGGUCUCAAGCGCCAACAUGAGUACGCAUCUGAUCCCCGUGGUGGACAAGCAACCGCUUAUCAGUCACGCGACGAGAUUGGAUUGGGGACGGGCACAGUGCGCGGAGUACUUGACAAGGUUGUUGAAGGCAAAAUAUCCAGGGCUUUUGACGUCUGGCAAGGUCAACGAGACCCAGAUAGAGGAGCUGGUGCGGUCGCAUUGCUACGUCAGCCAGGACUACGAUAACGAGGCCAUCCGAUUGCUGGAUUGGACGGGACUGGAGGACCGCGAUCACGUCGUGCAGCUGCCGUUUCAGGAGAAAGAGGUUGUGCAGAAGACCGAGGAAGAACUGAGGAUAGCGGAGGAGAAGCGGAAGGAGUCUGGCCGGAGAUUACAAGAACAGGCGGCGAAGAUGCGGCUGGAGAAGCUGGUACGGAAAGAGCAAGAACUCGAGUACUACAAACAGGUUCAGCAGCAGAUUGCGGAGGCUGUCACGAAGAAGGAAAUCAGGGCUUUGCUAGAGGAAGAAGAGUUCAGGGAUGAGAAUCAGCUGGAUAAGAAGAUCAAAGAAAUGGAGAAGAGCAUCCGAAAGCAACGGAACAAGGACGUUGGCGAUCUAGAGGAAGAAGCAGAGGAGCCUCCAACAUACCCACUUCUAGGUAUUCCUGACGAGGAGCUUGACGAGGACGGUCUUAAGCAAAAGCGCCAACAACGACUCCUUAAGAGCAACCACGAAGCCCGCGCCCGAGCCAAAGCAGAGAAAGAGGCUGAAAAAGCCCGUCAAGCAGAAAUUCAACGUCUUGACGAUGAAAGACGAGAGAAUGAUCUCGAUUCCUGGAUUGCAGAACGCCGGGCAGAACGGCAAGCUACAAUCCAAAAGAUCAAAGAACGUGAUCGUCUCAAAGCGGAUCUCGGAAACCGCAAAUCUCAAGCCAGCCAAAUGCGAAUGAAGCACAUCGCCAAUCUUGCAUCAGACAAUCCACACGGUCGGAAGCGAAGACGCGGCGGUAAUGACGACGACGGAUUCGGAGCGGACGACGCAGACUGGAUGAUCUACCGGGAAAUUCAACAAGGCAAGAACGACGACGACGAUGACGACGAAGAGGAAGACUUCGCUACACAACUCAAGAGCAUUGAAGCUCAACUCCUGAAACACGAUCCGGACUUCACAGAACACAGUACACAAGAGGCACAGAAGGACUGGACGAAAUCCCUGCUCCAUGCUUUCUCAAGAGGCCCGUGGCCGUUUGAUCCCGAAUCUGCAAGGGAGUCCAAUCAGUUCCAUCUCAAUGUCGAAAGGAUCCGCGUGCCGGAGGUGGUGUUUCAGCCUUCGAUUGCGGGUGUAGAUCAAGCGGGCAUCGUCGAGAUUGCGGAGGAUAUCCUCAUGCAGCGACUUUCAGGCCAUCCCUCUCGAGAUACCAUACUGAAGGACGUCUUCAUCACGGGUGGCUACGCUCUGUUCAAGGGGUUUGAGGAGCGGCUGCGAGAUGAGUUGCGAGCGGUCUUGCCUGCGGAUGUUCAGCUGGGGUUGAGGAAAGCGAAGGAUCCGGUGCUGGAUGCUUGGAGAGGAGCUGCAAAAUGGGCUAAUAGCAGGGAGAGUCGGCAGAGUUUUGUGAGCAAGGCGGAGUAUCUGGAAAAAGGGGGAGAGUAUAUCAAGGAGCAUAAUCUGGGGAAUGUUUACAGCUAG